AUGUCUCGACGUCCUACACCAGGCCAAGCGGCCCAAAACUCGCAGGCCAUCAAGACUCUGCUGAAACUCGAGCACAACAAGAUAUGUGCCGACUGUAAACGGAACAAGCAUCCGCGAUGGGCUUCCUGGAAUCUAGGUGUCUUUGUUUGCAUUCGGUGCUCGGGCAUUCACAGGGGUAUGGGCACUCAUAUCAGCCGAGUCAAGUCCGUGGAUCUCGAUUCGUGGACCGAUGAACAACUUCAGAGUGUUGUGAGAUGGGGCAAUGGAAGAGCAAACAAAUACUGGGAAGCGAAACUGGCACCUGGCCACGUUCCCUCCGAUGCGAAAAUCGAGAACUUCAUCCGGACAAAGUACGAGAGCAAGCGAUGGGUAAUGGACGGUGAGAUGCCUGACCCUUCGACCCUCGAUGACGGCGAUGACGAUGUGCCUCUUGCGGUCGUACAGGAGAAAGCCAAGAUUGAACGUUCUGCUUCGCAACGAGUCCCCGCUCCCAGCCAGCCCCCGGCAUACCGUCAACAAGCCUCGAUUGAUUUGUUCGGUGACGAUAUCUCUCCCCCGCCUCGCCCUAACACAACCGGACCUACUCCACGUGCGCCACCUAGACAAGCACAGCCUGCACCAGUCAAGACUCACAAGCCCAAUGAUUCUUUGCUGGGUCUCGACUUCUUUGGUAGCACCCAGCCUUCUACUGGUAGUCGCCCGUCUAGUACAGCAUCCACACCAGCACCACCAGCCGGAAUGUCUCGGCCGGACCUCAAACAGUCAAUCUUGUCAUUGUACUCGAAGCCGCAGCCAGCACAACCCGUGCAGCACCAGCGGGGCAACUCAUUCGGCGCCAUGGCCUCGCCUCCUGCCCCCUCCCCUUCGUCUCACAUGGGCGGUCUGACGGACGCCUUCAGUGGAUUGAGCUUCCCGACUACCACUUCUCCUCCACCCGCCAAACCGGCUGAGAAGCCAUCGGCAUUCUCUAAUCUUUCAUCUUUCGGCGGCGCCAAGUCGACCCCUGCUGCCCCGAAGGUCACAUCGCCCUCGGGAUCUGCGGGCGGCGACUUCUUUGAUAGCCUCACUUCCCCGACCAUGUCAGCUCCGAAGUCCCAGUCCCGAACAACUUCCGUCUCCUCUCAUGGGCAAGAUUUCGGAUUCGGCGGGUUUACCUCCCCGACUGUUAAGCCUAACCCUCCAUCAUCGUCCCUGUCUAAUGACCUGUUCGGGUUUUCUUCACCUCCUGCACAUGCCUCCACGGUCUCGCCCCCAAAGUCUACUGCAACCUCCCCUCAGCAGGAAAUGAAGUCCGCGUUUAAUAUUUCUGCUCCCCCGAUGCAGCCUCCUGCUCCUAGAGCGCCAUCAGCCAGCGCUGCGAACACAGCAGCAGCCAACAUGAUGUCUGGAAACCUUGAUCCAUGGGGCGGGAAUGCAUGGAGCACACCUGACCCUGCCCCAUCGUCUGGUCCUUCAGUACGGUCGCCUGCAUCCAUGAUGAAGGUACCUGACACCUUGACCCCGAACGACGUGGGCAACAGCUGGGGUGCGCCUAGUGCUGCUUCUAAGCCCGCACCCACUGUGGCAGCGGACGAGGACUUCGGCGGCUGGGCCAGCGCUGCCCCAGUCUCCAACCCUACCUCCACAAACACGAAUAACAACAAGCCGUCUGGUGGAUUUGGCGGAUCUGACGACCUCUUCUCCAACGUUUGGGAGUAG